CGCCCGCAGCAUCCACAAGGGAGGGCCCUUGGCAAGCGGAGGGGACCCACCCGAGCACCCCGCGGGCCCUGCCCCCCUGAGGAGCGAAAUCAAACGUCAUGGUAGAGCUGAAGCAUUUUGGUUUUGCUGACAGGAUGCCAAUGAAAUGUUUGGUGGUUUCCUGCCCAGCAAAAAAUACAGAGCAGUAUGAACAGCAAAGCUGACGAAGCAUGAAGGCAAAAACUUGUAGUGCCAUCCGUGAAAGUGGAGCUGAAGGAAAGAAGCUGAGCACCUGGGAACAUGGCCCUGCAAGAGACAGAAGUUGGCAGCAGCUCUAUCAAUGACAAGCAAGAACAGAACUGUAGUCAUGUUAUUACAGUUGUCUUCCUGGCACUCUUCAUCGACUUGUUGGGAUUUGCUCUCAUCUUGCCAUUGUUUCCUUCCAUCCUGGAUUAUUACAGCCAGACUGAGGAUGGAUUCUAUUUGUCAUUGCAACGUGGUGUGGACUGGUUUGCUGAGAUGGUUGGGAUGCCUCAUGAGCGAAAAUACAACAGUGUCUUGUUUGGAGGUUUGAUUGGCUCGAUCUUUUCCAUCCUCCAGUUUUUCUCCUCUCCCCUCACUGGUGCUGUGUCAGACUGCUUGGGCAGAAGGCCUGUCAUCUUGAUGACUGUGAUGGGUUUGAUGACAUCAUACGCACUAUGGGCUGCCUCUAGGACUUUUGGCAUUUUUGUUCUCUCCAGGAUCAUAGGUGGAAUAAGCAAAGGGAAUGUUGGCCUCUCCACAGCUAUCAUUGCUGAUCUGCACUCUCCAAAAGCACGGAGCAAGGGCAUGGCAAUGAUUGGUGUUGCUUUCUCCCUUGGUUUUACCCUGGGUCCCAUGAUUGGAGCUUAUUUAGCCAUGGAGACAAAGAAAGGAGAAGUCUUCUACCUUCAUUCAGCAUUGUUGGCACUCGUGUUUGCUGUGGCUGAUCUGAUUUUCAUCUUCUUCUUACUUCCAGAGACACUUCCCAAAGAAAAACGGGUCUCUUCCGUGACAUCCAGAUUUCAGGCAGCAGUUGACUUGCUCAGUCCUUGGGCUUUGUUUCAGUUCUCUGCAGUCACAAGAGGAAAGGAAUCCCCAUCAGAGGAAAAUCCUCAGAAUCUCAAAAUCUUGGGCCUGGCUUAUUUCUUGUACCUCUUCCUUUUUUCCGGCUUGGAGUAUACCCUGAGUUUUCUGACUCACCAGAGAUUCCAGUUCAGCAGCAUGCAGCAAGGCAAGAUGUUUUUCUUUAUUGGAAUAACAAUGGCUGUGAUCCAGGGAGGCUAUGCUCGCCGAAUCAAGCCAGGAAAUGAAAUCAGAGCUGUAAAAAGGGCCAUUCUGUUGUUGAUUCCAGCUUUCUUGUUAAUUGGAUGGGCUGCAAGUGUGACCAUGCUGAGUGUUGGACUGUUGCUGUACUCUUUUGCUGCAGCCAUUGUUAUCCCCUGUUUGUCAGCAGUGGUGUCAGGAUAUGGCUCUGCCAGCCAGAAGGGACGAGUCAUGGGGAUCCUCAGGAGCCUGGGAGCCCUGGCCAGAGCCCUGGGGCCAAUCUUGUCUGCUACAGUUUACUGGCUGGCAGGGGCAGAGCUUUGCUUCACUGUCUGUGGAGCUUUGUUCCUCAUCCCCUUAAUUCUACUUGGAUCUAUAAAGCAGCAGACAAAGGAGGAAUAGGAAGUGCCCACACAACUCUCAGCAGCUCCCAGGGACCUCUACAUGGCCUGACUGUACCUGACUCUGCUGAUCAAAGAGAAAGAGAAGGAUUUUGAUGUGGAAGGGGAUCUGUGGGGACCAUUUGCAGCACCACCAGACUUCAGGUUUCCUAUGGCCAUCCACAAGCCCCCCCAGAUGGCUUGAAUAGUUUUGGAAACAGGAGAAGAAAAAAAACCCCAAAACAAAUAAAAAACCCCCACACCACCAUUGAG